CAGCGGGGGUGAUGUGGAAGGGAAGAUGGCGGAGGGCGGUGCGGCUGGUGUCGAGACUCAGAGAGGAGAGGUGGCUGCGCUUCUCAAAACACCGCUACGGAAGGGGGACACUUGGUACCUAGUGGACAGUCGCUGGUUCAAACAGUGGAAGAAAUAUGUUGGAUAUGACAGUUGGGACAAAUACCAGAUGGGAGACCAGAAUGUCUACCCAGGCCCUGUGGACAACGCCGGCCUACUCCGAGACGGAGAUGUUCUGGCCAUCAAGGAGCACCUCAUCGACGAGCUGGACUACAUCCUCAUCCCUACGGAGGGCUGGAACAAACUGCUCAGCUGGUACGGCCUCAAGGACAACCAGGAGCCCAUCUCGCGCAAGGUGGUGGAACAGGGGAUGUUUGUGAAGCACAGUAAGGUGGAGGUGUACCUGACGGAGCUAAAGCUCUGUGAAGACGGCAACAUGGAGAAGGUGGUCACCAGGCCGUUCAGCAAAGCAGACCGCAUCGAAACGAUCGAGAAGGAGAUGAGGAAGCUCUUCAGCAUCUCCGAGGCCAAGGAGACACGGCUGUGGAACCGGUACAUGAGCAACACCUUCGAGCCCCUCAACAAACCGGAGAGCACCAUCCAGGACGCUGGCCUCUACCAAGGACAGAUUCUGGUUAUCGAGCAGAAGAACGAGGACGGAUCGUGGCCGCGUGGUUCCACCUCGUCUAAGUCAUCUGGCUCUUCAAAUCUAGCUGCUUUGCCAAAGAUCUCACCUUCAUCUCUCACAAACAAUCAUAGCAGCAGCUUCAACGGCAGGAAUGCGAAGAACUCCAGCUACAGCCUGUCGUCCUACCAGCCUUACACCAACAGCUACGACAACUCUGACCAGGGCCGACAGGGCACUCGGCCUGGUCUCUGUGGCCUCUCCAACCUGGGAAACACCUGCUUCAUGAACUCUGCUGUGCAGUGUUUAAGUAACAUCCCUCCGCUCACCCAGUACUUCCUGAAGAAUAAGUACACAGAGGAGCUGAACGAGGACAACCCCCUGGGGAUGAAGGGGGAGAUCGCCAGGGUCUACGCCGAGCUCAUCAAGCAGGGCUGGUCGGGCAAGUUCAGCUACGUCACGCCCCGGCCCUUCAAGACGCAGGUGGGCCGGUUCGCCCCCCAGUUCUCGGGGUACCAGCAGCAGGACUCCCACGAGCUGCUGGCCUUCCUCCUGGACGGUCUCCACGAGGACCUGAACCGCAUCCGGGAGAAGCCCUACAUCCCGCUGAAGGACGCCAACGGCCGGCCUGACCAGGUGGUGGCGGAGGAGGCCUGGGAGUCGCACGUCCGGAGGAACGACUCCAUCAUCGUGGACAUCUUCCACGGCCUCUUCAAGUCCACGCUGGUGUGCCCCGUCUGUGCCAAGGUCUCGGUGACCUUCGACCCCUUCUGCUACCUGACCCUUCCUCUGCCCAUGAAGAAGGAGCGAACCCUCGAGGUGUACCUGGUCCGGGUGGACCCCCUGCUGAAACCCACUCAGUACAAGCUGACGGUUCCCAAGGUGGGCUACAUCUCUGACCUGUGCACCUCCCUGGCCAGCCUCUCCGGUGUGGCUGCCGACAAGAUGAUUGUAACGGACAUCUACAACCACCGCUUCCAUCGUAUCUUCGCCACCAACGAGAACCUCAGCAGCAUCAUGGAGCGGGACGACAUCUAUGUGUUCGAGCUGGCGGUGAACCGGCAGGAGGACUCGGACCACGUGGUCUUCCCCGUCCACCUGAGGGAGAAGUUCAAGCAGUCGGGCUACAACCACGCCAGCAUGCCUCUGUUCGGCCAGCCCUUCCUCAUCACCGUGCCCAAGACCAUCAGCGAGGACAAGCUCUACAACCUGCUGCUGAUGCACCUCUGUCGGUUUUCACGCUCUCUGCCGGCAGACGAGGACGGCCAAGACACCCAGACCUCUAAGCACCACGUCGUCAACGGCAACGCCUCUAUCGCAAGCACAUCCAAUGGAAACGCCGCCGCCGCGAGCGCAUCCAAUGGGAACGCAUCAAUCGCAAGCGCAUCCAAUGGGAACGGCCCGAAUGGCGACGCCUCUAAUGGCCUCCAGGAGGAAGGUUCGCCCAGUGAGAUGGAGACGGACGAGCAGGACGAAGAGUCCAGUCAGGACCAGGAGCUGCCCUCUGAGAACGACAACAGCCAAUCGGAGGACUCGGUGGGCGGGGACAACGAGCUGGAGAACGGCGUGGUUGGUCCGGAGAGCUCCAUCAAGCCCCAGCAGACGCCCGGGCGACACAAGACCAGUCUGUUCAGCAUCCAGUUCAACAACAUGGGCAAGACUGACUUCGCCGUGCUGAAGGACGGCACCCGGCAGAUCUGCUUUGACGACGGACACAUCCGACUCAGCGACCGCUCCUAUCUGUCCCUGGACUGGGAGCCCGAUAUGAAGAAGAAGUACUUUGACGACCGCGCAGCCGAGGACUUUGAGAAGCACGAGAGCAUGGACUACAAGCCCCAGAAGAAGGCCUUCUUCAAGCUGAAGGACUGCAUCGAGCUCUUCACCACCAAGGAGAAGCUGGGGGCUGAGGACCCCUGGUACUGUCCGACCUGUAAGCAGCACCAGCAGGCCACUAAGAAGCUGGACCUGUGGUCUCUGCCCCCGGUCCUGGUGGUCCACCUCAAGAGGUUCUCCUACAGCCGAUACAUGAGGGACAAGCUGGACUCCCUGGUCGACUUCCCCAUUAGUGAUCUGGACAUGUCCGAGUUCCUGAUCAACCCCAACGCGGGGCCGUGUCGCUACGACCUCAUCGCCGUCUCCAACCACUACGGAGGAAUGGGGGGUGGACACUACACCGCCUACGCCAAGAACAAGGAGGACAUGAAGUGGUACAACUUUGACGACAGCAGCGUGUCCCCGGCCAACAACGACCAGAUCGUGUCCAAGGCGGGCUACGUGUUGUUCUACCAGCGCCAGGACACGGUGAAAGGCACCGGCUUCUUCCCUCUGGACUGCGAGGAGGAGGAGGAGGAGCAGGAGGAGGAGAAGGAGGAAGAGGAGGAGGAGGAGCAGGAGGAGGAGAAGGAGGAGGAGGAGGGAGGAGCACAUGACAGGAAGAGCGUCGCCUCAGCAUCCGCCGGUGCCGCCGCCGCCGCCGCCGCUCCGAGCGACGAGGAGGAGGAGGACCUGAAUGAGAACACGUGCAGGAAGAAGGACAGUGGCGAGGAGGCGGUGCCCAGUCGAGACGUUGCCAUGAGAACCAACUGAGGGCCGGGCGCUGGAGACAUUCUGCAGGGAGAGGGAUGGAGCCACGGGGAGCUCUCCAUCCAAAGCCAUACAGAAACCCAGCAGGACAGCCCCCCAUCUCCCCCCCCCCCGACUUACCCCCGACUCACCCGUCCCCCCGCUAACACGCUAACCCCGCUAAUGGGUAAACCCAGGUAAAAUGCUAACGGGCUAACCCAGUUAAUGGGCUGACCCUGCUACUGGGCCCACCCAGGAGAUAGGCUUACCCAGCUAACGGGCUAGCUCCGCCAUGCUAACCCCCGGCGCCGCCAGUGUGUUAGGCCAGGUUGUCAGGCACCGACCCGCGACACGCAAACAGGCUAUUCCUUGCUUGUUUUACCCAGCUGAUGCUAACGGACUCAUCUGCCUUAUGCCAUUGGGUUAACCCAUCCAGCACCAAACUGGCUAAUGUGCUAAAGCAGGUAUCUGGUUUGUGCUGUUAUGCUAGCCAGCGUGGGGAGGACCACCUUGGCUGUCCUGUAGCGCUAAGCUAGCUGGGGCUAAAUUGGUCUAAAGCGCUAAACUGGCUGGGGAUAAAGUCCUGUAGCGCUAAUCUGGCUAGGGCUAAAGUCCUGAAGUGCUGAGCUAGGUAGAGCUAAAGUCCUGAAGCUCUAAGCUAGUAGGGGCGUCCUGAAGCUCUGAGCUAUAGCGGGCUUAAGUCCUGAAGCGCUAAACUAGCUUGGGCUAAAGCGCCUGUAGCGCUAAGCUAGCCGGGGCUAAAGCGUCUGUAGCGCUCAGCUAGCGGGGGCUUAAGCGUCUGCAGCGGGGAAGACCGGCCAAAAGGGGGCGCUGCUGUGGCUGUCCGACCGCGAGGGUGCGCGACGCAAUCAGGGUCUCCUGUGGAUGGACUCACUGUGUGCCAGUGUGUAUGUGUGCGUGUGUGUGCACUCUGUGAAAGCAUCAUUAGUUUAUCCAUUUUUUUUUUUAAGAAUAUAAUUAUUUUCUAUCCUUUAAAAUACAGCAGGCCAGCGCGUUGCGUUCGAGAUCUCUCUCGCAGCCUUUUGUGGGUUUUAAACACUUGGGAUAUUUUUUGAGGAUCCCUCCGGCCGCCAUAUCUCUCCUCCUCCUGUUCCUCCACACGUUGAGCUAUGUUUCCUCAUGUACAUAUUUUAACACUGGUUUUCAUGAUGUGCGUGAUGCGGAUGUUGAGUUUGGAUUGAACACUCACAACCUUCCACACCCCCCUCCCGCCCCAUUUUGUUUUUAAAUAUGAUUUUAUUAUUGCCCGACAAACUGCAAAUAUGUCGAACACAAAAUGUCUGACCAUGGCUUGCAAGCUGCCUGCUUCACAACCCUCCACCCCUCAACCUGGUGGACAUUGGAGAAACUAGAUUCAAACCGAUCAAUGCCGGGAUGGGUGACAGAUCAUGUCAAAUGACUUUCCAUGGCACCGAAUUGAGCGACCACGAAAGAAUAAGCAAUUGUAGAACACUUGUAGUGUUGUUUGUUCCUGCUGUUCAUUUCAAUCUUUGGUUUGAUUUGAAAACUAGCCAAACCGUGCUAGCCGUGUGCUGCUGCUAAUACACUAGCUUAUAUCGCUUACGUUGCGUCGCCCGCGGACAAAUCACCACUGUAUCGGUCUCUGGUCCGGCUUACUCUUUCUGACUGGUUUUCUGAACCACUGCGCCAUCUGGGAGAGUUUUUGACUUCAGGAUUUUCAGCAAGCAGGUCGUAUACCUUGCUAGUUUAUCACAAGUAGUGCCCAAAUAUGUAGUUUUUAGGCAUAGUAUUUUUUUAUGCAAAGUUAGCUGCCUACCUCAUCAGUUCUGCUUCUGAGUUCCGCUUUGAUGAACCGGUUUAAGUUUCUCAUGUUAUAUUCUGCAUCUCACUUUGCUUCCUCCUUCUUUCUCGCUCUCCAUCUUUCUCUCGCUCUCUUGCGCUCUCGCUCGCUCUAUCACUCUCGCUUGCUCUGAUCACCUCGGCCUUAACGCCUGAUCUCAGUCUCCAGCCACCUCGCUUCUUUCUGCACUACGGCAGUGGAUGCCACAUUUCGCUCGGUCAUCUCGCACCGUUAUUCAAACCACCUCCAUAAGUCACUUCGUUUCUCAGCCACUAGGGGGCAGAAUGUAUGCCGAGUUCAGUGAGCGUUCAUCCCUCCCCCACUCCCUCCAUUAAACUGAAUGUGAUUACUUCAUCUUUAACGUUAGCUGGACAUGAACACAGACUCUGCUGACUGCAAAUGCUGAAGGGGGGGGGAGGGAAUGCCCAAAAUGCCGCCCAGCUUUCACCCAGUCCUCAUACAAUAACAUGGUUGAUCAAUCGGACAUACAGUAACCUGAUCGGACAUACAGUAACCUGAUCGGACAAUACAGUAACCUGAUUGGACAAUACAGUAACCUGAUUGGAGAUGACAUACAGUAACCUGAUUGGAGAUGACAUACAGUAACCUGAUUGGACAUACAACAAUAGCCCAGCAGAUGUAUAACCGUCACCUUUUCAUUGCUUCAGUCGAAUGCGCCGACCCCUCUUUUCUUUUUGGUUCAGUUCUGUCCCCAGUGCCAACGGGAAUACUUUGUAGGAAUACUUUGACUCACUAGGUGAAGACCGCUUUCCCGCUCCGAUCUAGGACUGCGCGCUUUGACCCCCCCCCCCCCCCCAUUCCUCGCCGAGCGGCUUUUUGGGCAGAGGGGGCGUGGCACUACUGCUCCAGGCUUCUACGGUACUGUACAUACGAGUUCACUCUGUGAGUGCACAAUUUGAUAAAGUUUAUUUAUUUAUAUGUACGCAUUUAAUAAUAAACAUUAAGUAUUUAAGGGGCGGGAGCUUUAAGGGUGUGGUGGGCGUGCACCGGGGGGGGAGGGGGCGGGGUAUACCGGCCCCUCCCCUGUCUGGCCCUGAGCUAGGGUUUAAAAGGGGGAUAUUUUUUUAAAAGAUUGCUUAUGUCCUCUGCGGACCCGUUUUGAUGACACGGACCCGGACUUGCAUGACGUCAUGUGGGUGGGGGUGCAGGGGAGGGGGUCCAAGUUUUGCUGCACUUGAGUUCACGUGGGUUUACAUUUGAAACGUGCAUGUGUAUUUAUACACAGUCUUCAAUAAAGUUGUGUAAAAGCAGACCCGGCCUCUUUGGUUUGUUCUUUAGGAGUCUUUUACAAAAGGGAAUAUUCUUGUUGAAUGUGCAAAUGAAUGACUGAAUAGGGAUUCAAUGAUACGAAUCAAAACUUGUUUCUUUUCUUCUAUUCUGUGCUCAUGUAUGGUUCUUUAUUUAGCCCUCAAAUGUUCUGAAAUGCAUAUUUAAUUUGUCCUCGACCUUUUCAUCUUGCCCCCUUUGUCCUCAUUGUAUCCUAGUCUGAAGUAAAACGAAUCAUACAAAUAGUGGGUCAAGCCAUCGAAAAUUUCUGGAUUACUGCAAUGGUUCAUAGAUCAUGUGUUCAUGCAUGGAUCAUGUGUUCAUCCUCCAUGUGCGCACGACCACCCCUAGUGGUCGCCAUACCAACGCAUCACUCCUCCAGCCAGCACCCACUCGGUCCCUCCGUCCAAUCAGAAGGCGGAGAGGACGCAAUGGACACACCCAUUCUGACGCUACGCGCGAAUUUUAUCCACGGGUCCUUGUGAAACUCCUUCAUUUUCCACGCAGCGGGACACGGACAGCAGGAGCCCGGAGCAGACAUGCGGGAUUCAGGAGGACACAGAAGAUGCGUUUCUGCGGGGUCUCAUCCCCGGACCCACGGUGGAUUUACACGCAGGACCGCGUCGCCGCGCCGGAUUCGUGCCGUUUCUUCAUAGCCAGACGCGGGGUGUUCCUCCAUCAAGCAGGGCCUCAGGAUGGUGAUGGGGGAUGAUCGGACGCGGAUGGUUUGAAAAUGCUCGUUCAUUUUAACGUUCACGUUAUAAGUCGCGUCGCCGUGUGCCUUUUGCGUAAAAUAUGUUUAAACUCCAUGCGUCAUUUAUGGCGCGCAAGUGUAAAAAAUUAAAAUCUCUGCGAUGGAAGCAGACUCGACCAUUAUUAUGCUAAUUCAAUCCAAACUGAACUAAAAUAGAAAUCGUGUUGAUUCGAAAACGGGCCACCUUUUUUGUCUUAAUGAUUUCCCACCAAAACUUACGGUGGGAACGCCUGCGUGUCGUACUGAUGUAUGUGUGUGCGUGUGAUCCGAGAGCCGUCGGCGGCGUGGGGGGCUCCUCCAGUCCGGGGUUGGGUGUCCGUCUCGGCCACCACGUGCAGCCACGUUUUGGAGCCCUAGUAAAGUGCGUUUUUACCCACAGCCGCACAACGGAGGAUGAAGAGCGGGCGCGCCGCAGUACAGACGGCCCGGAGGGGGGGGGGGUGGUACUGCGUCCCAGACAGACGUCCGGACAUAGAAAGACCCAGAGAGACCCCAAGACCCAGACAGAAGUCAAGACCCCAAGACAGAAGUCCAGACCCCAAGACAGAAGUCUAGACCCCCAGACAGAGGUCCAGACCCAGACAGACCUCCAGACCCAGACAGACCUCCAGACCCAGACAGACCUCCAGACCCAGACAGAGGUCUAGACCCAGACAGACGUCUAGACGGCCGUCUACAGAGCGGGGGGACUGACCAGGCGCCGGCUGAGGUAGUAGUUUGUGCUGUUGGUUGGGUUGGCACGUUACCCGUUGAUGGAGAUGACUGCGCAAUCUACUGCCUUGCCGGCGAUGGUCCUGAACGACAUCCCCGGUGUCUUCUGUCAGCCCGGUUAGGGGAAGGGGGGGGAGAUGAUUAUUACCGCAUAAAGUGUACAGGUUGGGAUGAGCGUAUUAUGCCCUCAGAUUUGGUGUAUUGAUCUGACUGUACGGUUGAGAUUUGGGUAGGAGGACUUCUUGAGUUGUUUCUGUCUUUCAUUCGUACUUUGUAUUUUUGUUGUAUUGUAUUUUAUCCUGUGUUUUCCACUGCUGGGCUGUUGUAACGAAGGAAUUGAUCCUCCGGGGGUUUAAUAUGGUUGAUAUCUAUCAAUCUAAUGUAAAUGUGUUGACUUGUAAUGUGACCUUUGCGUGUAAUAAAGCCACCCCUAAAUUCACUAUGGUGUUAUUCAUCUUUUCAAGAAAGUGUUCAUGUGAUGUUUGCAUGCCACACAUGUAGACUAUGAUGACCCUUGAAUUAACUGUUUUGGA